GUGUGCGUGUGUGUGUCUGUGUGUAUCUGGCAAAUUUCCAAGGACCAUGUGUGUGUGUGUGUGUGUACGUGUAUGUGCGUGUUUGUCCGUGUGGCCGUGUGUGCGCGCGCGUGUGACCCCGUACACGUGAAGGAGGUUCCCGGGUCACCUUGUGUGUAGGUCACGUGGGGGAGGUCACGCUGAGGUCACGGUGGUGCUGGUGGUGGUGGCCGGCUGGAGGUCACAACACUGGGCAGGAUGUGUGAGAUAGAACCAAGACAAAACGGCGAAACAAACACCACCACCACAACCGCAACCACCACAAACGAUGGCGGCGGCACCAACAACACCACAAACACCACAGACAACACCGCCAUCACCACCGCCCCCCUGCUGGUGUCAUUUGGCAACCCCUUACUGGACAUCACAGCGGUGGUGAAGGAUAAUGAGCUCCACCAUCGCUUCUCCCUCCCCAUUGACGGACAGCUGGAGGUGGAAGACACACAGCGACCCGUUUUCUCCCACGUCAUGCAGGAGUAUCCGGUGGAGUACACAGCGGGUGGAUGUGCCCUGAACUCCUCCCGUGUGUUCUGCUGGGUGCUGGGUGAGCCUCGACGGGUGGUGUUUGUCGGGGGCAUCGGGAAGGAUGAGGCCGCAAGGAAACUGUCCAAUAUUGUCGAGGAGAGUGGCGUUAUUACAAGGUUUGUGAAGGUGGAGGGCCAGCCGACAGGGGUGUGUGUGGCGCUGGUGCUGGGGGCGUGUCGGUGCCUGUGUGCGGAUAUCGGAGCGGCUGCCACGUGUCUUCCGCAGCAUGUCUUCGCUCCGCACCUCACUCCUGUGCUGGAGGAGGCCAAAUUUAUAUACGUCGAGGGGUACUUCAUCACACACAGCUUCCCGGCGGCCCUACAGAUUGCACAGUUUGCCCAGCGGCGCGGCAAGACGCUGGUGUUCAACCUGUGUGGGAGUUACGUGUGUGAGCGUCAUGGUGAGGAGCUGCGGCGCCUGCUGCCCUACGUGGACAUCCUGUUUGGCUUUGAGGAGGAGUACCGCACCCUGGACGCCUUCGUGGAUGUGGCUGCCCUUAGUGCCGACCACCAUCACGACCCGGCCAGCCUCACCCACGACCUGCUGCUGGUGCUGCAGGCCAUCCGCGGCCAGGCCCCAGUGCUGCAGGACGGCACCAAGCCCACCGCCAAGGCUGCUGCCUCCUGCCCUGAUGCCACCCUGGACAUCAUGGCCAGUGCCCCUGGCUGUGGUGGCGGCCUGCCCAACGGGGACCUGGCCACCCCAGAGAGGGAGCAGUGCUGCCCUGGCAUUGGCGACACACACUGCAGCACUCCCGGCACUGGCAAUGGCCACUGUGGCAUUCCCACUCCCUCCACCAACUGUGUGGACGGCACCAGCAGCCUGACCAAUGGCACCACGGGCCAGGCUGCCAACGGGCACUCCCUCUCCAGUGCCAAGCAGCGGCUGGUGGUGGUGACCAAGGGCCCCAGCCCCCUGCUGUACUGCCAGGGUGGGGCGGUGCGGCAGCGCUGCGUGCCACCCAUCGCACCAGAGGACAUUGUGGACACCACGGGGGCAGGAGAUUCCUUCGUGGGGGGCUUCCUGGCUGCUCUGAGCCACGGCCGCCCGCUGGCACAGUGCCUGGACUGUGGCGUGUGGACGGCACAGCAGCUGUUGCGGCAGAAGGGCUGCACGCUGCCGCCGCACCCCGCUGAGUUCCUGCUGGCCACAGAGUGAGCUGUCCCACCCCCCGGCCGCCUCGCCCCACCCGGCCCCUCCGGCCUCAGGACAGUCUGUAGUGCAAAUCAAUUCAGUAUUUUAUAAUGAUCUGUUUUAUCAUCAACACAACCCUCAGUGUGCUGCCACAGCAGCAGCAGCAGCAGCAGCAGCACAUAGUGGUGGCACUGGCAGGGAGUGCCGCUGCCGGCCGGCGCUGGUCACUGGUUGCCAUAGAGACACAUAGACAUGUAGAGACACAUAUCAGCCUGCCGCUUGCCUUUAUUGUGUCUGGGGAGGGACUGCUGCUGGCACCGGGGGGAAGGGACACACACACACACACACACACACACACACACACACACACACACACACACACACACACACACACACACACACACACACACAGGCAGGCAGUCAGUGAGGGGCCGCCACGCGUCCAGUCUUUCCUCAUCGCGCCACACGUUGCCAUGCACCGCCUCACCGGCCACCGCACUGCUGGCACCCCCACGGCUGCCUGUCUGGCGGCACCACAGCACUCAGGACCUGCCGCCACACACCGGCACUCAUUGAGAGGAAGUGGUGUCAGGCACAGGGACAGAGAGACAGGGAGAAAAGAUGCAGAGAAGGACAGAGAGAGAGACAGAGAAGAGAUGCAGAAAUGGACAGAGACAGAGAGAAACACUUCAAGGAACAC